GAGGUGAGGCCGAGGUGCAGUACUGGUUAUCUCGUCCUUGCGGCGUCCUUUCCCCUCUUCCCUCUCUGUAGUGCACAUCCUCCUUGUCCACAUCUUCUGCUCCUUCAUAAAUAAACACACCACGCCAAUAAAAAAAAUAGAAAGAAAGAAAAAACGGUGGAAUAGAGAUCCUGACCGCUGCCAAGUCUAGUUGUAUCACCCCCACCUGCCCCCCAAAGGCUGCAGUCGUAAAACCUCAUUAGUAAAACCUUAGAUGGUAGCGACGGAAACCAGUUGAUCUAUUUGGUAGUGUUUGUUGUUCGGGACGUGGUGCACUCUGAGCCUCCAGCAAUCACCUCCUUAGGAAGACUUGCUCCCCCUGCCACCUCUCUGGACUGCUUAGUGUAGUGACACUGACACUGCAGGAGACAGGACACCAGUGGCAGCAACAUGUCUCAACCAGUGCAGCAGGUGGUGGGGGGCCAGAUGGUGCAAGUACAAGGGCAGGUGGUCUCUGGCACUCAGGUGGUCAAUAGUGCAGGCCAGGUAGUGAUGUCAACAACAGCUGGUCUGACAAGUCUGAAUGGACAGCAGUUAGUGACACAGUUGGUACCAAGUCAAGGCAUGCAGGGUCAGGUGGUGCACCAAGCAGCCACUCCUAUUGGUGUCACAACCACGCUUGCAUCAGCCAUCUCUCAGGGACAGGUGGUAAGUGGACAAACUGUUCAACAAGUGGUGUCUGGGCAGCAGAUCCAGACAGUGGCUAGCGCUCAACAGACACAACAAGUAGUGGCAGCUCAGCCCAGUUUAGUGACAGUCCCAGCUGCCACUGCCACCACACAAGUCAAACCUCCACCCAUCCAAAACCAAGUUGUACCUGCUCCCCCAUCCUCCACUAAUGCCACUGCUGAUACCACUGCCCCUGUGCUCAACAAACAGAGGAUCACUGAGCUGGUGCGGGAGGUGGAUCCUACAGAACAGCUAGAGGAGGAAGUGGAAGAAAUGCUCCUUUCCAUUGCGGAUGACUUCAUUGAGUCUACUGUUAAUGCUGCAUGUCGCCUUGCCAAGCAUCGUGGGGCUCGAUCACUUGAUGUGAAAGAUGUCCAGAUGUAUCUUGAGCGCAACUGGCACAUGUGGUUGCCAGGAUUUGGCACUGAUGAGCUGCGGCCUUACAAGCGAGCACCCACCACAGAAGCUCACAAGCAACGGCUGGCACUUAUCAGAAAGGCCAUUAAAAAGUACUGAGAGGCUGAUUGCAUCCCAGCUGACCAAACAAGCCUUUUCUGGCCUAUCACAGUUCCUAAACUGCAUGUGUGUGAUGCUCAGGGUCAUUUUGGCCUAGAUCCUAGGGUAUAAUGUCAGUAGGAAGAUCUGUGUUAGACUUGCUCAGAAAAGCCUAAAGGUAUUCCUUUUGAAAUUUUUUGUUUUCACUUCGCUUUGCCACUUUAAGUAGCAAGAGAAGGAAUUAAUUUAUUGUAUCAUUAAGAAAUUAGUAUAACGAUAACCAUUGCUGUGAGUAUUGAUUUUAUAUUAUCAGGUAUUUCC